CGAGGCAGGGUGGGUGGAGGAGGUAGAAGAGAGAGUGACAGUGUGGAGUAUGUGUUACAGGAAAAAAAGAGGGAGAGAGAGUGGGUGAGGCUGAUAUAAAAGGAUAAAGGCGGGGUUGUGGUUUGUGUCACAUGAUCCCCUCGCUGGCUGUAGCCUGGAAUUCUACCCCAGUCCCCACACGCCCCCCGCUCUUCUCCCUGCUCCUCUCGCUCCACUCCCGGCCUGAGCAGGCCAGGGAAUGUCCCGGCGACGAGAUGCCUUACGUGGACCGACAGAACCGCAUCUGUGGCUUUCUGGACAUCGAGGAGAACGAGAGCAGUGGCAAGUUCCUGCGUCGUUACUUCAUACUGGACACACAGCAGGGGAGCUUGGUGUGGUUCAUGGACAACCCGCAGAACCUGCCUAUUGGUGCAGACUGUGUUGGUUCCCUGAAGCUCACGUACAUCUCUAAGGUCAGCGAUGCCACUAAGCUGAGGCCGAAAGCAGAAUUCUGCUUUGUCAUCAAUGCUGGGAUGAGGAAGUUUUUCCUGCAGGCCAAUGAUCAGCAGGACCUUGUGGACUGGGUCAACGCUCUCAACAAAGCCACCAAGAUCACUGUGCCAAAGUUGUCAGAUGGCCAGCAGAAUUCAGAAAACCAGAAGGCUUUGCCUGAUGUCGCAGGGCCCAAGAAACAAGUCUCCUAUAAGACAGAGAUCAUCGGAGGAGUUCCCAUUGUCACCCAGACACAGCAAGAAGGUGGUGACGGUGCAGACAGAGCAGAGCGAGAUGCCAUGCAACGUUCCCACAGCCAGCUGCCCUACUUCCUGGGAAGACCAGCUCAGGAGCACACCGUCAUCAAGUCGGGCUACUGCGUCAAGCAAGGAGCUGUGAUGAGGAACUGGAAACGUCGAUAUUUCCUCCUGGAAGAAAACUCAAUGAGUUACUUCAAGUCCGAUUUGGAGAAAGAGCCUCUGAGAAUGAUCCCACUGAAGGAAGUUCACAAAGUCCAAGAGUGCAAACAGAGUGACAUUAUGAUGAGAGAUAAUCUGUUUGAAGUCGUCACCACAUCAAGGACGUUUUACAUCCAGGCUGACAGUCCAGAGGAGAUGCACAGCUGGAUCAAGGCUGUCUCGGGGGCCAUUGUGGCCCAGCGUGGACCCGGGAGGUCUGCAGCCACAAUGCGGCAGGCCAGACGGCUGUCGAACCCCUGUAUACAGAGGUAUACGUCCCGAAUCGGGGAGUGCAGCAGCACUCUGCUGCAGCUGUGUACCUGUCUUAGAUGUGUGACAUCCUGCUUGUCUCUCCUCCUCCCUCCUGUUCGCUGCCUGAACACGGCAGCCGUACCACUUUCUACCGCAGCCCCGCGGGCCCCCCCGUCCCUCGCUCGCCCAUAUCUGCCAUGCCACCAUGCUACCCAGAGUGGGGGGCUGCUGUCUCGUGCGGCCCACGCUCGCAGCCUGGCGUGGGACAGCGAGCACUUCAUGAGCCUGCUGCCACGCCCCAGUCACAGCCACCCGCCAGCACGCCUGUCCCUGCAGGAGACGCGCCUGGCAAAGUGACCAGCGAGCCGCCGGCGACCACCAUCGCUGACUCCGAGGAGGAGUCACCGUGGCGACGGCGGAGCAGCUUCGAGCCCCACACACCCGACCCACACCUGGACCUAGAAGACGCCGAUCUGCCGGUGAGCGAGGUCUGACCCGCUUCAACUGGAUGUUAAAACUCGCUUCUCUGGACGAAGAUGACGAGGAAGCUGGCGUUGAAAAGGCAGGCUUUGGUUUUUCACAUCAAAGCUCAUCCAUCAGUGUACAAGACAAACAGGACGGGUCACCUCUGAACUGCACUCGUGUGCCAAAGACGACCCGGUGUUCCCCCACGCCCCUCUGCCUGCCUGCUGUCUCAGUUCCAACGGCGUAGUUAAUACCAAGAGUUGAUUUUUUUGUCAAAGCAAAACUACAUGUUUUACUUGUGCUGAUUAGAAUUCAACGACAGAGCUUUAUUUUCACCUGUACAGGCACAACGACGCGUUCAACGGUAUUUAUGGGCAGAGGAUUUUUUUUUGUAAACCACUUUGUGCCAAGAAAAUAAGGGAGAUUUUAAGGGUGAAACCUUUUUCCUCACGUCUGAAAAGAGUGUUCAGCUGAGGACUGGCUUUUUUUGUUUUUCGCCUCUCAAAUCUAUUAAUACUAAACUGUGUGGUCCAUUCAUACACUCAUUAUUGUAACACUGGAUCCAGCCUAGUCCGAGAUCAAAUCCUCAAAUUUAGAGCAAACUGUAAAGUCAAAAAUUUGGGACUGGGCUAGGACUAGACCGAUAAUAUUUGUGUAUGCAAGACCAAAAUGUGUUGCAGCCACAUUUUUUUAACAGUUGCCAAGCCACUGACUUGAAUUUGUUUUUAAAUAUGCAGGACGGUGAGGGUCAGUUGUUCAUAAAAUGUUGUCCUCUGUGAGUUUUUAGUUGAUCGAGUAGACUGUUAAUGACCACAAGCUAAAGUACACAUACAUGUAAAUCUACAACAAAUAGCUUUUAUAGUUGAUCCACCUCUGGUAGUAAAGUACUGUGCAGAAGUGCAAAAAAAACAUAAAGCUGUCAUAGCAUGCGCAUCACAUUUCAACCCGACUCGGCCUCUUUGCGAGCUUCAUUUCAGUCCGUCUGACUUUGUGGACUCAAUGACAUGAGAAAGGAGUAACAGCAUCUUACAGGAAGAAUACAAAGAGUGCAUUAAUAAGGAUUUUGUAAUUUCUGUUAGUAAAGCUAUAGAUGGUCCUCAUGUCCAGACAGACUGACAGGUUCAACCUAAACCCAUAGUUUGAGUAGAAUACUGUACAAACACAACAUUUUGGAUCUACGUUCAACAGAAAAUAAACAAAAAACAUUCAAGCUCAGACACUUCUGUUGCAUGCUAACAUUUAAAUAACUCCUCAGACUGAUUUUCUGUUUUUAGUUUAUCUCCAGACGCUCUGGUUGUUGUGUAUUUGCAGACUAGAAACAGAUUUAUUUUUUUAUAUGCUUUUAAACGUGUCCUGGUCCUGUUCUUAUUGUAUCUGUAUUGCUAAUCCAGUAGCAGGCAAAAAAAAAAAAAAAUCCCACUGAAAUUCUGCUAAAUAAUACACACUAAUCUUUUUUUUUUUUUUUUUUUAAGUGCCUGCUUUAUUUCAGCUCAGCAACGCCAAGCUUAUUCACUUCGUUUUCUGUCUGGUGUAAUUGGUUUGAAUUGUCUCUAUUUAUUAUGUGGAUGACUUGAAAGAAAUAAACACUGAAAAUGUG